AUGACGCCAGACAAACUUCGCGUGGCCGAUUGGCUUAUACGUCAGAACUCCACAGACGAGGCUGUGUUACUGUCGUCCUCGGCCAUUUUGACAUUCCAACCGGCCGAUCCGAUCCCACCGACGGCCAGUUCAACUCGGGCCGAUGUAGCGCCCGGCCUGGCGGUCCCGAGGCCGGCGGGCGUGUGUGUUUCGCGUUCAGGGCCGUGUCUGCGUCGUGUCAAAGGGUGGAACUCGAGCGUCUGCCGGCUCGGUCGAGAGACGGAGACGGACUCGGUCGGUCGGGUCUGGCGUGGCAAGCGUAUCUCCAGUCUCCGUUCGCGCCUCAAAGGUUCAGUUGCCACGGCCACGGCCGAGGACGGCUAUGCCGGUUUGCAGUUGUCUCAUCCGCAUAUCGGCCUGACCAACAACCAGCCGGAUUCCGACCGACAGGCUCGAGGCAACGGUCGUCAUGACGACCGUGUCUGCAAGUGUGACUGUUGUUGCUGCUGCAGUCGGUGUCAACGGGCCGGGGAUCCCAAGACUCGAACCUUCGGCCGACCAAUCAAACGCACUCUUUUGGCCUAUUUCGGCUCUCAGGAGGCCAGAUUCACGAAUGAAACCAGCGAGAGCCGGGAGGCUGGACGCUGUCCAGUCGGCCAGCGACAGAUGAUGCUGGUGAUGGCGGUGAGCAAACGCCACAGGCACCAGCAUCAACUGGUCCGUCGUUCCGGGGCUGCGGAGGAGGGAGAGGCGGAGGAGUCGCGACGUUGGCGACGACGCAAAGGCGAGAAGACGACCACAGCGACGGAGACGGCGACGGCGACGGCGACGGCAACGGCAACGGCGAUGGUGAAACCGGACGACGCAGUGGCCAAAAUGAGAACGGCAAUGCCUCGACGACUCAACGUCGACGUCGACGUUGAUGUCGACGUCGUCUCAGUCGAGAACCGGCACCGUCUGGAGGCGGUGUCCGACUCGGUUGGGCUGUUGCGAGGUAGAGACGGCGAGCCGGACGGCGGAGAAGCAUCGGGUGAAGCACACGGCAGCCUGAAAUGCGUCGGACAGCACCAACGUCGGUCUCGUCUGCCGACGGAGGAUGCCACCAGCGCAUCGCCAACUCGUACUCGACGUCUCGACUCUGUUCGAGCCGUGGAGCCCAUCUGCUGGCCAACAUCGAAACAGGCAUCGCUGCCUCAGACGAUUGCAUCAAAACCCCACCUGCAUCACAUGUCCUCGGCUGGUCCGGGCUCUUCUGUCCCGCCCAACUGGAGUCUCCAUGGCGACUGCGUCGAGGCACAAGCCGACAAUCAUGCUCCACAUGCCUUCUCCUCAUCCUCCUCCUCUUCUUCUUCUUCUUCUUCUGCUUCUGCAUCUUCCUCUUCCUCCUCAUCUUCUUCGUCAGCGUCGGUGUCUUUGCCGUCGGGCGCCAAACCACCAGACGUCACCGGCGUUGCCGAGACGACUUCCGGCAUGCACUGGUCUCCAACUCAAUGGAACAACACUCGUAACGGCCUCAAGACGAGUCUGGGCCACGGGGAUGCACUUCAGAUGGAGCCUGAGGUAGGUAGUCCGUCUGGGCCGCAUGAUCUGGCGACAGGUCCUCGGGAGAAAUGA